UACAACAACAUAAUUUAAAGCUUUAUACUAACGACUAUGAGUUCUUCUCGUUCCGGCCUUAUGGGCAUUUGUAAGACUGGUCUCUUCGUGGCACUUUUGUCCUUGUCAUUGGUAGCAAAUUCAGCCACAGGUGCUACAGUUGCUGGUAGACAAGUUGCUGAAUGCGACGGCCAUGGACACCUACACGACGAGGAGUGCCAUUGCGACGAGGGAUAUGAACUAGCAGUCGACAAUGUCCGUUCGUGCGUAAUGGCCGAAUGCGGCGGCCAUGGACACCUACACGGUGAGGAGUGCCAUUGCGACGAGAGAUAUGUACUAGAGGCCGACAAUAUUGGUAUGUGCGUUAUGGUGUAUGUUGAUUCGGAAGCAACAGCACUUAUGACGGAGACAGAUCAUGAAACCGACGACCAUGAGCAUGAAAGCGACGACCAUGAGAGUGAAACCGACGACCAUGAACACGAAAGCGACGACCAUGAGAGUGAAACCGAUGACCAUGAGCACGAAAGCGACGACCAUGAUCACGAAGAUGAGUGCAGCGGUCACGGCCACACACACGGCGAUGAUUGCCAUUGCGACGAAGGAUAUGAACAAGCCGCCGACGAAACGACUUCAUGCGUAUUGAUCGAGGCAUCAGAUGUUUCUAUGGAGUCGACGGAGGAUGUACAUGAGACUGAACACGAAGACCAUGAUCACGAGUAA